AUGGCAUCAUGGGAAGAUCUUGAAAAUGACUCUGAAGACGAUGAAGAAUCUGAAACAAAGUCUCAACCAUGCCUUAUGGCUGACCAUGUUGAGCAGAAGAAAGCCACACCCGAGAAGAGUGGCCAGAAAUCAAAAGGAUUUGCUCUGCACAACACCAAGGAACCUGCAAACCUGGAAUCUUUGGACUUCAAGAACAAAUUCAACAAUACACACUCUCACUAUGACCCUGCCCGAUUCAACUCUUGCGCUUCAUAUGAAUUCCAUAAAGAAGUCCUGGAAAAGCGUCAUCUCUGUGCAACCUACCUUGUCAACCUGGACUCUCUCACCAGCAAGGGGAUAAAUGUGUCUCCACUCUUUGAACUGCUUCAAUGGACUUCUCUGCUUCACAUCCAGAAGCCGGUUUAUCCAGGUUUAGUUCGAGAGUUCUACGCUAACAUGAGACUUAUUGAUGGCACCAUCCAUUCAUAUGUGAAGAGAGUUCACAUCACUCUUAACACUGUCACCAUUGGGACGGCUUUGGGCUACAAAGAGGAAGGGCCGAGAGCAUACAUGGCCGAGAAGUGGGACUCACAGGUCGGCGUCACUUAUAAAGUUGUUCUUCAAUACAUUUGUGAGAAUCUCUCUGGUUUGGAUGGCACUACUCCUACCCACAAAACUCUCGGACCAACCAACUCCUUACUUCACAGGAUUAUCACACAUAUUCUGACUCCUCAAAGUGGCUCCCAUAAUAGAGUAACACUCUCUGAUUCUCUAAUCAUCUUUGCACUUGUUACAUCUAUUCCAAUAUCUUUUGGUUAUCUUAUGAUCCGACAUAUAUGGGAAUCGGUAAAGAGCACCAAAAAGGCAAAUCUGCCCUAUGGUAUGUUCUUAACCAACAUCUUUGAAUACUUUAAAGUUGACCUUUUGAAUGAGGCUGUAGAGAACAAAGUGUCAAUGAUCAAGGGAGGUGGAGCGGUUAAGGGAACAAAGGGCAAGAAAUCUGGGGCUUCAGAAAAUGAUUAUGAGAGUCGGGCCGAAUCUUCCAAGACGACCGAAUCCAUUAGGGAAAUUCUCACUGAAUUUGCAAAUAUGUCAGAACUCAUGACACAAUUCCAUAAAGCAGGAUGCAAGUUAGCAUAUGAAAAUGAAAAGGCUUGGGGAAGAUGCAAAGAUAAAGUCAGUUUGAUACUAGAAAUUCUUGAUGAGGAUCCAGGAAUGGCAAGUGACGAAGGGGCUGAAGCAUCUGAUCUUCAGUUCUCUGAUGACUAA